CACACAUCUGGAGGGUAUCUGGUGUGGCUUUGUGACUCCUUUGCCUGCUAUGGGACAGCCUGUAUUUGGACUGGACGUCAGACUUGAGUGCGUUUCACCUAACGUUGCUCAGAAGCGGAGAGUUCAAUGGACAUGUCCUUUCCCAAGCAUUCCAUCCUGCAGGCCCUGAGCGUGCUGCUCUUGGCCUCAGUGUUGGUGCGUUGCCAAGCCCCUUACAAGCCACAAGCGAAAGAGGAGGAAGAGGAGCCAAUAGAGGAGGCUGACAUCACAACAGUGGGGAAGAAAUCCGAGCUGAUCGAAUGUCCGCCGGAGUGCAGCUGUACAGCAGAAGGGGUAGUGGACUGCGCGGGAGUGGACCUCGUGGUGUUCCCGUCCAAUCUGACGUCUAAAACCCGCCAGCUCUCUCUGCAGAACAACAUGAUCGAGGAGAUAACGGUGGAGCAUCUUUCCCAUCUGCAUCAGCUUGAGACCCUGAACCUUCAGAAUAACUGGCUCACCACAGAUGGCCUUGAAGACGAAGGCUUUGAGAUGCUCGAACAACUGGCUUAUCUAUACUUGGCAAAUAACAAGCUAACCUCUGCCCCAAGGGCCCUACCCCCAUCUUUGGUUAGUGCUGAUUUUGCUGCUAAUCAGCUUACAAGGAUUUAUCCAUACACAUUUGGCUACAAACCAAAACUGAGGUCUGUGUAUCUUCAUAACAACAAGCUGACUGAUGUGGGGCUUCCUGAUCACAUGUUUAAUGCUUCUGAAAACCUGGAGAUCCUCACCAUGUCCAGCAACUUCCUGCGCGUUGUCCCCAAGAACCUGCCCUCCAAUCUUUCCCGCCUCCAUCUGAAGAGCAACAAGUUGGAGAAAAUCCCAGCAGGGGCCUUUGACAACUUGCAUAACCUCAGAGAGUUGUAUCUCCAGAACAAUCUUCUCAGCAACGAGGGCAUGGACAAUGAGACUUUCAGCCAUCUGAGCAGCCUUGAGUGUCUGGACCUGUCAAACAACAACCUGAGUGUCGUUCCUAAGGGUCUGCCUCGCAAUCUAGUGCUGCUACACUUGGAGAAGAACUCCAUCCGCAGCAUCCCUGGGGAUGCCCUUACACCUGUCCGAAACCUUGAGUACCUGCUACUCCACAAUAACAAGCUCCGCUCCCGUUCUAUUCACCCAGCUGCCUUCCAGGGCUUGAAGAAGCUCCAUACUCUCCACAUGUACAACAACCUGCUGGAGCGCGUUCCCAGGGGCUUGCCUCGGCGAGCCAAGACCCUGAUGCUACUCCACAACUCGAUUUCUGAAAUUGCCCGCAACGAUCUGUCAUUACUUUACACCCUCACGGAGCUCAACCUCAGCUACAACAAACUGACCAGCUCCAAGAUACAGCGCGAUGCCUUCAGGAAGCUGCGUUUACUGGAAACCCUGGACCUGUCAGGGAACAGCCUCCUAACAAUGCCCCUGGGACUUCCUCGCAGUCUUCGAGUGCUUGAAAUCAAGAACAACCAGCUCAACUCCAUACCAGACGGUGCCCUAACAGGUAUGGAGAAGCUACAAAAGCUGAUCCUGAGUGACAACCAGCUGAAAUUGAACUCAGUCUACCAAGGGGCCUGGAUGGAGCUCAGUGCGCUCACAACACUUGACCUAUCGGGCAACCAGCUGUCGCACAUCCCCUCUGACCUGCCGGAGUCUCUGGAGUACCUUUACCUGCAAAGUAACCGCAUCUCCAGUGUUCCAGCAUCAGCAUUUGAAGGCACUCCGAACAUAAAAGGCAUAUUCCUCCGGUUUAACCGCCUCUCUGUGGAAUCAUGGGACGACAGCUCUUUUGCACACUUGUCCAACUUGCAAGUGCUAGACAUCGGCACAGGAAGCACAGAUGUCACCUUCAAAAGAGUUGAGGAGGAGGAUGAGAAGAUGACGGAGGAGGAACAAGAAACAUAAAUCAAACUCACUUAAAACUGACAUCAGACUUUGCUGCACCAAGCACAUACGUAAGAAAGAAAACCAUAUAUUUCUGGUGCCGGAUACCGGAUGACGUUGCAUUAGUUUCCAUUUGUUGGGCUGGUUAGUAUUGCAAAUUUUUAUAUCUGACCUUUGAUAUCUGUUUCAGUUGUUUUGUUCCUUAUCGUAAAAGAUCGGUCAGGAAAGCCAAUGUGAAAUUUCCCAUGUAAAUGUAUGUGAAUCGAAACCAGAAGGGCAAAAGAUGCACAUCCACUGUGUCCAUCUUUUUUCUUCGCUUUCUCUUUUUUCUUUUGCUGUUUUGUCUCCCUUGCUUAGAAAAGCCAUUUGACUAGAAAUACUGUGAAACAUGUUUUGUUUUUAACACCGAGGGCGACAAGAUAAGAAGCCUGACUCCACUUAAACCAACAAAGCCACAGUAAUUGCGGGACUGCAGGUUUUUUCCUUUUUCUUUUUCUUUUUCUUUUUGCUCAGCAUCACAACACAAGCCUGUAGUGAUUUUUAAAACUGCCUAUUUGAGCAGAACCAAUGCAAAACAAUGCAAAAAUUUUGAAGGAAUUCAUAAAUCAUAUUGAAAAGGAAUGGAAGAAUAGUAAAACAAACUCACAUUAGAAAAGCCACAAUCUUUUUUUCUUUUUUAAAAAAGUGGUUAUAUCAAAGAUUUUUUUGUGAGCAUAAGUUAUAAACAGAACUUCUUUUAUUCCCUACUCUUUCCAGCUGUAUAACAGCUCGUCUUUUUGUAACAGUUAAGAUACUUUGACCAAUUAAUUUCCCCCGUAGAUCAUUAAAGUCUAAAGUUUCAAAUCCAACUACAGCACAUCUCUUAGAUCUUACCUUAACACACCUUAACAGGUGUGUUUUCUUCCUUAUACAACAUGUGCAUUUACAGUCCAACUUCAUUCAUGUUUACUCAAUAACACUCGAUACAGGAGGGACAGAACAUAGAAACGUUUCGCCAUGACUUUAAUGUUACCACGUUGGGUUGAAGCUGUCUUCUAUAGUUAUUUUUGAAAUAAAAAUCAAUGUGAUAUGAUGAAUUUUUGUUAUCUCACAAUUUUGUCAUCUGUGCUUCAAAAUGGUAGUUUGUUCUUCCUCUGUUACAUUUCAGUCGGAGUAUUCCCUCACUCAGAACAUGUUUACUUCCCCCAGUGGUCAGUGCAUGUAUAAGUUCGGGUGGAUGCACCAGAACUUAAACAGCAUCAUGUACGGAUUAUAACUUUAGCCGCUAAAUGUUCAGUAGUUUUACCUGAUGGAUUAUUAAGUAAAACUAUUGGUUAAUCAUAAUGGUCUUUUACUUGUCAACAGUAUUUUGACUGAUUUGAGUUUAUUAUUUCACCACUAAGUUACUGAAAAGCUACGUCAAAAUGCAGCCAGUGAGUUGUCUUAAUGACAGAAACACUGGCUACACUAUGGUUAUAUGUUAAUUUAGUUAAUUGUUUAUUUUUUUUCUUUUUCCUUUGGCCAUGUGCCUAUAGAAGAAGGCAGCGUCACAUAUUUGAAGCUUCGAUUUAUGCUGCUGCUACUUCAAUCUAAGAGAAAGCCUAUAUUUUCAUAUGACAUUGAAAAUACUCGUCCUGUUACAUUCAUUAUGUUGCUAUGAGUACAGCGUCACAUUCACAUGUACCAGUAUAGCGUUGUCACACACAGUGUACAAUCAUUGAACAAUAAAGCAAUCAAUUAUGUGAAAAGGCUGAAGCGGGGCUGUGUAUUUCCUAACACCAGUGCAUAAGUGUUUAAUGCAGGUUCUCCAACGUAACGCAUUGUCACAGCUAAUUUAUGAUCUGUCUCCACAAUGCAGCUAGUCUGCAUUUUCUUUUGUUUUGUGAUGUUUCUGUCUCAAAACAAGCUGGACACUGCUGAAAGAAAACCCCUGUCACGACAUGUUUUGCGUCACAUGCAUGUCAUGUGUUGAGAGGUGCGCUGAAAUCUGACAGUUGACAACACGGUGAGUCAAAUGAAAAAUCCAUCUGUGUUUGACAGCGUUUAUUGCGGCCUUUAUGUGACAAGAGUGAAAGACUCUGCAAAGAAAUUCAAACGUUCACCUUUAAAGGUCAAGAUUUGUUCAAGUCUAUUAUAAUACUCACCUACUAUAGAUAUAUAUAGUCCCUCCAGACACAUUCCCUUUUGUAGUGGCAAAACUGUAAAGGUGUAUUUGGAGAUGCUUAAUGGAAGUCAAUGGAAACACACUAGUACAGUAGUCGGUUAGUAGCACAUUUGCCAGGGGUGACACAAGUUGGGUGAUUAAGUUAUCUGACAAUUUCAUCCAGUACUGAAUUAGAAUAACUUUCAUGCAGUUGGUGUUAAGAUGUUUCAGGCAAAAAUCUGAGCUGACAAAUCUUUUU